UUGUGGUUUAACAUUGCUCUGUUAGAAAUGACUAUCAAAAGCUUUGAAAUUGAAUAUGAUGCCAUCAACAGCAAGAACACCUUCACAAAUGGAGACACCAUCAAUGGCAGGAUCAUCGUGGAAACCUCUAAAGAAACAAAAAUCCAGUCUCUCCUCUUCAUGGCCAAAGGGAAAGCUAGGGUUUGCUGGCAUGAAUAUUACGGGCAAAACCAUCAUCGCGUCUACUGGGCUGAUGAGAAAUAUUAUAGUGUCAAACAACAUAUCCUAAGAGAAUCAAGAGAAGAUGGCACUGAAGUCAUUGGAAAGGGAAGGCAUGUGUUUCCUUUUAGCUUCAGCAUACCUGACAGAAAAAUGCCUUCAUCUUUCGAAACAUCCAUUGGCAAAAUUGUCCACAAGGUGAAGGCAGAGCUUAAACAGUCUAUGAAGCUAACCAAAAAAGCAAAAGCCCACUUCACCUUUGUGUCCAAAGCAGAUAUAGAUACUCCAGGACUCAUGGAGCCUCAACAUAUGUGCCAGGAUAAAAACCUUGCUUUUGGCUCUGGAGAUGUGUCAUUUGAUGUCUACGCCAAGCAGCUGGGAUACAAAGCAGGCGAGGCAGUCCAAGUCACAGUGAAAAUCAACAAUCGCUCAAGCCGUUCAGUAAAGCCGAAAUUUGAACUUUACGAGAAGAAGAGUUACUUUGCCCAGGGUCGCAGGAAACUUCACACACAGAAGAUCCUCAAAGACAAAGCUGAGGUGACUACAGAGCAUUCUGGCAAGACAACUUUUACCAAGGUGAUCAACAUCCCCACAAAUCUACCCCCGUCCAUUUUAAACUGCUCCAUCAUCAAGCUGGAGUACAGGCUGAAGAUUUAUCUUGACAUCAAAUUUGCUGGCAACCCAGAGAUCAAACUCCCUAUUGUCAUCCUGCCUGAGUUUUCAGGUAGAAAACAACCACCUGCUUCUUCCAGCUAUAGAUUUCAAGGAUUAGUAACUUCCACCGAACCGACCUGGAGUGCUACACCACAGAUGAUGGAGCCACCUCCUCCCUAUGGAGCCUGUGCAAUGUACCCACCCCCUCCCUCAAACUAUAAGCCUGCUUUGUAAAUACCUUAAAAAUGAAAUGUGAACAUGUUAGCAACGCAUAUGUCUAGCAUUCUUUCCCUCCACUGCGGUUUAACAUUGUUGUGCGUAAUAUUUACACACAAGUUGACUUAGUCAGUUUGGUUGGAGACUGAGCUGUCUUACAGAUAUGAAGAUAAAGAUGUAAUAUGUUAAGCAUCCAAUCUUUGUUUAUCUGAUCCACCACAGUGAGACAGAGAAUAAAUCCAUAUGUCACAGCUCCCUCGAAGCUCAAUUGGUUAAAUCAGCAAAGUUGUCAUAUGCAUAGCUGUUUCAUGCUG